AUGGGAAGAAAGCCAUGUUGCUCAAAGGUGGGACUAAACAAAGGGGCAUGGACUGCAAUGGAGGACAAGAUCUUAGCAAAUUACAUCAACACUCACGGUGAAGGCAAAUGGAGGAGCCUCCCAAAGAUAGCUGGGCUACAGAGGUGCGGAAAGAGUUGCAGGUUGAGGUGGCUGAACUAUCUCCGGCCGGGAAUUAAGAGGGGAAACAUUUCACAUGAUGAAGAAGAUCUUAUCAUUAGACUCCACAAGCUACUUGGAAAUAGGUGGUCUUUAAUUGCUGGAAGGCUUCCAGGACGAACAGAUAACGAGAUCAAGAACUACUGGAACACAACCUUAGGAAGAAGAGUGGCUAAUGCACAUUAUAUGCAAGAACAACAUCAACUCUCUAAAUCCCAAGGAAAACUCCCGAUGAUCACCACCGUCCAUCCAUCACCUUCGCAAGCCAUAGAAGAGACGAAUGUGAUUCGAACUAAGGCAGUAAGGUGCACCCGACCCAUUUUGGAUCCAAACCCAUUACCAGUACCAACGCAAUCCACACUGCACUCAAAUGAAGUCCUCGGAGAAAAAUGUGAUUUGACUAGCGAACCGAAAUUGGACUUCGAUGCAGUUGGCUUGAGCUCGAUAAGUUCUUCAUCGGGAGAUAAUUUGCUCUUGGAAACGGACUUCCAAUUUGAUUUCCAAUUACUGGACUCUUUUUUAGAUUCAGAAGAAUAUGGGUUUCAGUUAUGA